AUGGAUUCCGUCCGAGGAAGUUAUUACCAUCCCACUUCUCUCCCAAUUGCCAUGCUUUCAAAGACUCCGGCCCCCGCAAAUUUUUAUCCCAUCUCCCGUGUCGCUGGCUCUCCUCCAGAAAUCUCCGAUGCCAGCACUACUACCGGCAGUGCGAGCGGAGAAACCUUCGAUACCUCCUCCCGGGGUUAUUCCGGUGUCGAUGUCAUGGACAUGCUGAAUGACCGCAUGUCCAAUGUUUUCGACCCCAACCGUCUGGAUAAAGGAUUAUCCAAACAGGCGAAACUUUCCGGCCACCUCAAUGCCAAACAACAAGAACUUCUAGAACUCCAAGCUCUUGCCCAACGACGGCUCACAAAUGCACGCGCCAAUUUUUCUGAUGGCAUCAAGGCUGCCAAGGAGACCAAGCAGGACCUUGAAUGGACCCAGAAGCGUGUCAGGUAG